UCAUCAUCCGUCAUUACCAUUACGUGUUUCGUCAUAAUAGAGACGUGAGGAAUUCGGUGUUGAAAAAAUACUGGCGGUUAGGGGAGACAAUUAAUUAUUUGUGAUUGACAGUCGUGAGGUGUUGAGGUCGAGUGUCGGGCGAUUCUCAGGUGCAUCAUGCCGGAUAUUUCUGCCAUUGCCCAUUUCCCUCUGAAGGCCAUAUUCGCUAUCCACUUAGUCCUAACAACAUGGGGUCUGCAGGGACACUGGUGUCCACAAUCAGCAAUGUUCUACAAUCUCCUGUUCUUCGUCUGUCUAAUGUGGGCAGUGCACAAUAUCGAGUCGGAUGAACCACUCCAAUUUGCACUGUGCAUCAACGUUCUCUCGAUAUUUCUCGACAUAAUCACCCUGUCGGUCUACUUCCCAGAAAACUGGGCAUCUGAGAAAUUCAGUGGAGCUGUUAUGAUCAUAAAUCUACUCGUCAGAUUAAUCACGACUGUUUCGUUACUGAGAAUUGGACAGGCUAGGGGUGGAACACUGGCGACACUUUUUCCAUCAGGACCUGGUGUGGACUACGCGAGACAGCAGUACGAAGAUAUUUCCUACCCAGUCCCCCAGAAUGCUGAUUUUUCGGGGAUAUAAAGUUCCUGGAGAAUAAAAAAAGAACAAAUUUAAGUCUUGUCAUUUUGUUGUUGAAAAUUAAGUUGAAGAUAUUUUUAAAAAUCAGAGAAUUAAUAUAAAUGUAACUACUGAGCGGCA